AAAAGAAAAAGGACACCCGGAAAUAUAUAUGAAAAAUUUCUAUCAUAUGACAAAUUUGCCUUAUGCUGUGUAUACUUUCUGAGUUGAAUUCCCUUGACAAAAUUGUAGAGUAACGUCCACGAAGAUGGGGGUGAGGCGACUUCAAACAUACCUUGAGCAAUAUUGUCCAGAUGCUUGUUAUGAAGUCAGUAUUGAACAAAUCGCAAAUAAUUAUAGGCAAACACACAACAAAGAACCCGUUAUUGUAGUGGAUGGAUCUUGCUGCUAUCGCAAGUUGUAUGGUGGUCUUGACUGGGUGUGCGGAGGCCAAUAUAAAGAGCAUGUCGAUUCAAUCACAAAAUUUAUUGACAGUUUCGAAAGACUGGGCAUAAAACUUGUUCUUUAUUUUGAUGGUGCCACUCAAGAGAGUAAAAGACCUGUUUGGGUCAGCAGACGUUUACAAAGUAUGGAAAAGGCUCAUGCCAUUUUUGAUGCUCUGAAGGCUGGACAAGAAGUAAAAAGAAUGGAUAAGGAAUUGUAUGUAUUACCAGCAGGUGCUGGUUCUGUUAUGUCCUCUAUUUCCAGAACGAGGUGUAUGGUUCAGCGAUCAUUGAAAGAGUGCGAUGAAGAAAUAACUGAGUAUGCUGCAAGAAACAAGUGCUUUGCUAUUUUGGCACAGGAUUCUGACUUUGUUAUUUAUAAAAAUGGAGCAGAUUAUUACCUUUCUUCAGAGAACCUCAACAUUGACACAAUGACCACUUUAGUUUAUGAUAAAGAAGCAUUAGCAAGACAUUUAAAUCUUGAUGUGCGGGAUCUUCCUGUAUUUGCAUCCCUAAUGGGCAAUGAUUUCAUACCAGCUGAUGAUUUGAAGCCUUUUCAUAACUGGUUGAUGGGUAAACGACGACAUAAAAAUUAUGUGCAAGCCUUAGUGCUGAGAGUAGCUGACUUUGUCUAUAAGCUUCCGAAAGGUAAUGACUUGUUCUCAUGUUUGAGAGAAUUGUCUUAUGAUAUUUUCAGAACACCACAUCGUGCUAAAGAUUUACGUCAAAGUAUUCUGAGUUACGUGAAGUCCUCCAAGGAUAUUCUUCGUAUAAUUGACAAUAGAUGUGAGAAAUGGGAUAAAAUAUUGUCUGUAGCCCAUGACAACUAUAUAAGCAUGGCAUCACCAUCAUAUGUUUACAACAUAUUGCGGAAGCUACCGUUUGAGAUGAGCACAGCUUUGGAAGAUUGUCGUAUUACUGUGCAACCCUCAGCUGCUGCUCUAAGGCUCAUGCGGCAGCGAAUUUAUGGUGUAGCCCUUCGAGAAUACCCAGGAGGACCUGACGGACUUGUCGUUGAAGAAUGGUGUAUGAGCGGACCUCAGAGUUUAAAAUGUGCUUUAAAAGUUAAUGCGAUUCUUCCCCCAGAUGAUAGCCCGCUUCUUCUAGAUCUUUGGUUCAAUGAUUCAGAAGAACUUAUCAUAAAAAAAUUUAAACUCUUGGCUUGGAUUGGGUCUUUCCAUUUGACAUCUACCAACCUGCACACAUUACCUCAUCCGCUCCUCCCUGCUGUAAUAAUAUUGUCUUACCUGUAUCAUGAUGCUGGCAUUCUUUUGGAUUGGGAAGUUAAGGUAUUUGCUGCAGUGAUUAUUGAUGUACAAAUCAUGGAAUCAAAAGAAUUAUCAGCAGUUACGGUUAAUAAAGUAGAUGUCAGAGGCGUUCAGCUAGCCACUUUGUUUACAAGAUCCAUAACUCAUUUGGGAUUGGCAAAUUCAAUUUGUGGCAACCCUAUUGAAGUCCAUUGGACAAGACAUCCUCAACUCUUUGAUGGCAAACUCUUUCAAAUCUCAUACUUAAAUGGGAAGUCUGUUCCUCCUUCACCAAAGAGGGGAAAUAUUCAACAAUUCAAUCAACUAUGUGAUGUAGUCCUUAAGCAUUAAUGCAUUUAAGAUGAUUUAAGGACCAGAUCAGAACAAAGCAAAGGCAUAUUUACAAAGCUAUCAUAGAUCCUGGAUAACAACGUUGAAUCAAAUCCUCUACAGAUUUGUAUUGUUGUAUGAACUCUUCUUGCAUUGCUCGCCACACAACCUGGAAGAAAUUACAAUGUAGAAUGCAGCUGCAUCCAUCUUUAAAUUGAAGAUAGACAAAAAACCAGUACCUGCAGUAAAUUCUCCUGCUCACAGAGAUGUUUAUCUACUUUACGGUAAAGGUUCACCAAACCACGCUUCACUUCCCUUGCUGGAUACUCUUUUAUGACUUUGCGGAGCUCUUGUUUGCUGAAAGCCAUUUGGUAGCUGAUUUCUGAUUCUUUGACACCUUGAUUGACCUUAGCUUGAACUCCAUCGAAGAAUUGCUGAAAUAUAAACACAU